CUUUUAGUUGAGAAUAUUAGCAGUUCCUCUAUUGCAGAAUAAUAUAUUUAUUUAUUAACAUUUAUGAACUCUAUUUCUUCUUCUUCUUUUAUAUUGUGUUCAUAUAUAAUGAAUAAUAAUAAUUUUGGAAUAAUGAUGUAUAACUUUAAUAGUAACCCAGUCGUAUGUUGUGCUGUAAUACCAUCAAAGUAUGGAAUACCCUUAGUGUUAACUAUUUGGAUUGUAGGGCAUUUCUGUGUAUUUUGCUGCUUUAUCCUUUAUGAAGAAAAGUCCCUUUUAUUCAUAUAUUGAUACCCGUACAUUGAUUGUAUUUGGUAUACUUCACAUAUUACUAGCUUUAUUAUGUUUUUAUGGCUAUAUAGUGUAUUGGAUUAAACGGUCAGUUAGUCAAUACCGUCGAUAUGCAAAAUUAGUUGCCUGCUUUAUUGUCAUUAUUUUAAUUGAUAUCAUUGCCAACUUUAUUACCUUUGUCGUAAAGAAAGAUGAUUUUUUAACUUGGUGUAAACACAAAUCAAUGAAUACUAUGAUGAAUCAAACAUUACAGCAAGAGAGUCUUAUGAAUACUACCCUCACUGAUCAAUUUAUCAUCAUGAAUCCUGAUCUUGUGUUCAAUUGUUCAAAAUUGCAUAAAGCGGAUAUCAAGUUCUCUGCUGCUACCAUCCUCUUUAUCAUCAUUCUUUAUAUACAUUGGUCUACAUUUAUUAUCAGUGACUCGAAAAAUUUUAUAAUUAUGCAACCUGAAAUUUUUAGUCAGCCAUUAUCAUCGUCAACAGAUACAGAAGUGGAAAGAUUCAAUAACUACUCUCUUCAAAAUCGACAAGCGUCUAUUGAAUUAUCUAAUAUUAGACCUUCUUCCGAGAAUAAUGCAUUUUAAUAACAUAAUUUAAUUUAUAAAUAAAAAGAAAGAAAGAAAG